AGAAGACAUGAGCCACCGGCCAUACUACGUGUGAAAUUGCCUGACAACUGUAUUUGGAUGUUAUCGUGCACACAAAGUUCUUUUUUCCCUAAAGCUGGAUACCGGGAAGUCAUCUAAACGAAGUUGGAAAAUCGUACCUAAGGGGGACUUGGUCCGAAGGAAACUUCAAAAGUUAUCAGCAGAAGUCAUCUAGUGCCAGCUAGCCAACUGUCGCUGCCUGUAACGUAAUGUAAUUUAACGUAGCCACUACCUAGGGCAGUUAGUUAACUAGCUAAGCUAGUGUGGCUGUAACGCACCUUAGUGUUAACUGGCUAGCUAGUGUUAGCUGUCUCGGAGUGUCUCGUCAUGUCAAAUCUGAUCCGACUCGCUAAUUUGUAAGUUGCUUAAUUUUACCAAGCAGCUAGAUAACUGGAAAACCCCCCAACUCAGGCUAUGAUCAUGGACCUUAAUAUUUCAGGAAACGCUGUAAUAUUACUUAGUAUUAAUUUUGUAGCUUUAGUGGCUUAGCUUAAAUAACUAGUUAGCAGACCUAGCUAGCUAAUAGAUAAAGAAGGCAGUAGUUAAUAAAAUAGGUUAUCGGGCUAGCUAAUUUAACUAGUUACUGAAAGGAUAAGACAGUUUUGUUUUGUUUUUUUUGUUUUGUUGCUCUGCGUGUUCUGCUAGCUAUCUGGCUACCAGUUUAUAACGUUAUUGCCAUAUAUAUACCAAGAUAGAUCUUCUAACUUUCCGCUAGCAAUUAUGGUGAUAGGAAACUGAACAACUUGUAGGUAAAUAACUCGCUGUGCGACUAGCUAUCUAUCUAACAAGUAUCCUUUUGAUCUAAACGCAUUAUCUAUCUUAUUUAGCUAAAUAAUAUAUAACUCGUGAGUUUUUUUUUUAACGAAACAAACACGUUGAUUACCUAGUCCGCUAGCUAAAUCAAACUCUUUAUUAUAUUAAAAAUGCGCGAUUCAAAUGUGAAUUUUAACUUUCUUCAUAGGACGUGCACGUUGGUUGUUCUCCUGUGCUUUCUUCACAUCUCUGUUACUGUAGUUUAUUAUGUUAGAUCAUUGGACUUAAGGCGAACAUUUGUACAAAACCAGCAUUCGCGGCAAAACCAAAUAAAACAAAAACUCGUCAGACAAGCCACCGAAGAGCCAAAGUCCAUAUUUUUUACAAAUAGUACUGUGAUAACGAAAAAACUUGAAAAAUGCCCCGAUCCAUCGCCUAUACUUGUGGGCCCACUCCAUAUAGAGUUUUCCACCCCAGUCAACCUGGAGCAGGUUAUAGACCAGAAUCCAAACCUGCAGGACGGAGGGCGGUACAAGCCCCGAGGCUGCAUCGCCCAACAGAAAGUAGCCAUCAUUAUCCCCUUCCGCAAUAGGGACGAGCACCUCAAGUUCUGGUUGUUCUACCUGCACCCGAUCCUGCAAAGGCAGCAGCUUGACUACGGGGUCUACGUCAUCAAUCAGUAUGGCGAUGAAACAUUCAACCGGGCGAAGCUCCUGAAUGUGGGCUACGCCGAGGCCCUGAAGGAGUAUGAUUUCGAGUGCUUUGUCUUCAGUGACGUCGACCUCAUCCCCAUGGAUGACCGCAACACCUACAAGUGCUUCAGCCAGCCGAGGCACCUGUCCGUGUCCAUGGACAAGUUUGGCUUCAGGUUGCCAUAUAACCAGUAUUUUGGUGGCGUGUCUUCCAUGAGCAAGGAGCAGUUCCUGAAGAUCAAUGGCUUUCCUAACAACUACUGGGGCUGGGGCGGAGAGGACGACGAUAUCUACAACAGGCUGGCCUCCAAGGGGAUGUCCAUAUCGAGACCCAGCGGGGCAAUUGGGAAAUGCAGGAUGAUUCGCCAUGAGCGGGACAAAAAGAACGACCCAAAUCCCCAGAGGUUUGACCGGAUAGCUCACACCAGGGAGACCAUGCACAAAGAUGGCAUCAACUCCUUAUCCUACAAAGUAGUGAACGUGGAGAAGAACCAGCUGUUCACCAAGAUCACAGUGAACCUUGGCAAAGCGCCACGUUGAUGCUCAUAAACUAGAAUGGGGAGAAGAGGGGGGAAAAAACUGCUCACCACAGAGACUGAAUGCAGUAACCGAAUGAUGUGCCUUGGCAUCUUAAUUCAUUUUAAGUCUUUUUUUUUUUCCAUCACAUACUUUUAUUUUUUCAAGGUGAAUUAUAUUUUUAAAGACAUUUUUAAAAAUAGUACUUUAAAAAUUCUUGCCGUCUUUGCACAAUUGACGAUGAACCAAUACUGGGAGGAUGUAUGAUUCUUUUGCGGUGGAGAGUUCUGAAUAUGCAGAAUCUAGAGGGCAGAGGGUAUGUGUUAUGUGUGUGUAUGUGUGUAUAUAUGUGUAUGUGUAUGUGUGUGCAUCCCUUCGUGCAUGCACACUUGUUUUCUCACAAACAAACCCGCUCUUUACGGGCUACAAAUCUUCCCACCGUUUGCCUUAGAGGCUGCUGUUAAGGAAAGAGUGUCUUUUAAAUCAGUCGUCUGACAGAGUUGGUGCAUCACUUCUCACCCAUUGAGAUGUUUGAGGAGUGUAAGCUGUGGUGUGUGUCCUUUUUAGAGCACUGCGUUAAACCUGUCUUGUUUAGAGACUUCCUUGAGUCCCUGGAAAUGGAAUGCUGACUGUUCGCAUAGGGGUUUGGUGAUGGACUUGAGAUGGAAUGGACUCUUCUUGCCAUUGUGCGUUGACUCGUUCCAAGUUAUGCGAUACCGAGGCAUAUGCAUUAGCACCAGGGCUGUGCUCAGUGGUAUACCUUCUAAAUGGUGUGUUCAGAACCUAAAAUUAGGUCGUUCACCACCAACCCUGUCACACCUUACCUCUUUUUUUUUUUUUUUUGGCAUUUGAAUGUAUAUGCCUGCUUUUGUUCCAAUGGCUUUUCACUCAGCCAAGAAUGCCUUUCCUGCGUAGUAUUUCUUACACUUCUACUAGAAAACCAAAGCAAUGUGGUCUAAAGCCUUUUCCCACACACAGUUAUGCCUUGUCUUUGGUUAAAUGGACUUUAAGGGAAAAUCCAUGUUUUGUUUUUUUUUAUACUGGAAUAGGCAGUUUCUAUAUACCAGACAGUUCCUGUACUUUAUAAGGCUUGACAACAUCUUUUAUGUAUCAUGUUGUCUGACUUGUAAGAAAGCACAUAUGCAUAAUAUAGUGGGGGAACAAAGCCAUUGAAAUUUUGACUGGAUUGGGUUUGUCACUGAUUUAAAUGUCAUUAUCUUGUACAUGCUGGUUUGUAUUCAAAUGGCCUUCCAAACCUUUUUUUAUUUGUAGGUUUUUGUUGGUUUUUUGAUCCUGCUCUUCAACCAAAUCCCCAUUUUGCUGAUUGCAGACAAGUCCCCCUCAGCUGAUAAGAGUACCCAUUGAGGCUGAACUCUUCAAGAUGGAGCCUGUGUUCCAGUACACAAUUUACAGAAUAUUUAAGUGGUACAACCAAGUGCAAGAUUUUUUUUUUUCCUAGUCCUUUUGUGUUUUCCAAAUCUUUUUUCCUUCUUUCUUUAUUGAAAGACUUCCAAAAUGUGAUGACUUAAUUUGCAUUUUUGCCACCCUCUCCUGCUUUUCCACUGCUUUGCAUGGCCAGUUUCCUUAAAAUGCCUGUUGCUCCACACCUUGCACAGAAACAAAAAAAUCAAACAAGCCUUGUGUUUCAACACACACUGGUUUUGUAUCUAUUUGGCCUUUGAUCAGACAGCCAGCGCAUAAUUUGUUUCAGGGUGUUGUCUUUUUUUUUUCCUUCUUGUGUUGCAAAGAUGUCUGUCAGAUGUCUGUAUGGCUUUAAUUAUCGUUGACACCAAUCAGCUGGGUACAUUUGUGCUUCCUUCUUCCACAGACACAGAGAUGCUAGAUUUUCAUUCGUUUCUCUUUCUAAGUUUUGAUUUUCAAAGCCUGUUCCUGUCAUAUUGUAAUGCUGAAGAUGAAAUCAGAUUAUGAUUUUAAAUAAUUAAAUUUCUUUUUGAUUUAAUUUA